UGCAAACGCGUGCUGUCCAUCCUCCUCCUCCUCCUCACCAUCACCACCAUCAUCAUCAUCAGUCCAGAGAGACGAGCGAUUAUUAUUAUUAACGCUCAGGUUCGCUUCACUCAUCUGCUGGACUUAAUGAGUUUGUCAGUGAUUAAAGAGCCUGUGUGCUGAUGAAGCGGGCUGGAUCUGCCUCUUCACCGCUCUGCCCUUAAAAUGGAGUUUGUGGAGAGGAAGAGGAGCAGGAAAUCUCAGAGCUUUAAACUGGUGAAUGAUGCAGAUUUUAGUCAUGAACUGGAUGACGUGGAGGAGAAUGAUGCUGAAGCAGAAGCUCUGGAUGCUGCAGAGAGUGAAGUCUGGUUAGGAGAUGAAGGGAUGGAGAUCAAGAAACAGAUAACCGGUAUGAUGCGCUUGCUGAGUGAUAAGACAGGACGAGUGUACCAGCGAGUGGGACGAGAGGGAGAGACCCUCAAACAGGAGCCCCAAGAGGAGGCCCUCGGACAGCUUGGGACACAGAGCUCGACUCCUGAACAUCUGCAGUACAGCUGGAGCUCAGUCCUGCCUUUCCCUCACAGUCAGUACAGCACUCGCUCCAAAACACAGAGGAUGCUCAACCACUGCAAAACUAAUGACAUGGCCUUGCCCCCCGCGCCUGCUGCCAUGGCAACAGAGCCCAGCUGCUGUAUGUGCAACUGCAAGAGCACCCUGAAGGCCAUUCUGCUGGAGCUGCGCACCAUGAGGAAACUACUCCAAACUCAUAGAGGGCUCCAGGACAAACAGGGCCCCCACGUCUCGCUUUCCUCAUCUCGAACCUCCAUCUCCAGGAGGAGGAGCCGAAAGAGGAGGCUGGGUCACAGAGUGGCGCUUUUGGUCACGCCCACUAAGAGAGCCACGCCCCCCUCUCCACCAGCUGAUGCUGUGAAUGAGUGUGAUCAGUCCAGUGAGGACACACCCUCCGCUGUGGCUACAUUUAUACCAGACCACAUUCCUACUGUAAAGACAACUUCCCCUCACUACAGCGUCAGCAGAGGACAAAACAACACUGAGCCGGAGGUGCAGUUGGCCGAGGAUUAUGACGUAUUUAUUCCUAAAGCACAGUUGGACUCAAUCUUACUGAACUACACUCGCUCUGGCAGUCUGCUCUUCAGGAAGCUGGUGUGUGCUUUUUUUGAUGACACAACGCUGGCAAACUCACUGCCCAACGGCAAGAGGAAGAGAGGACUGAACGACACCAGGAAAGGACUCGAUCAGAACAUAGUCGGAGCCAUUAAAGUGUUCACAGAAAAGUAUUGCACUGCCAAUGGAAUUGAAAAGCUUCCUGGCCCAAGAGAUUGGGUGCAGAUUCUGCAAGACCAGAUUAAACUUGCCCGCCGACGCUUAAAAAGAGCAGAGACCACCUCGGACAGUAGUGAUAUCCAACACAAAACAGAAAAAGCUGUUGAUAAAGCGGAAACUGUGACACAAAAUGGUGCUGCUUUUGAGAGAACAGAAAGUCUAGUUGCUAUGGACACUGCCUGAGACGAGAUUGUUUUCAACAAAGUGCAACCUCCGACCCCCACAAAGGAGUCAUUUUUAAUUAUUUUGUCCGUCUAGACUGUAGCAUGUAUGGAGAGAUGUGGCUUUAAAGCACUCGCGGUCAGCUGUGAGAUCAGUAGGGCCCCUGCUGGCGUUCCAGACAACUGUAGACACACUUUUGUAACACAGGUACUCAUGUUUGAUUGUUUUAAAAGUGGGUCAUGCAGAUGUCACUGAGUGUCUUCUGUGAAUAUAUGGAAGUGUUUGUCGUUUUUCAGCUUCAUCCAAAUGCUUCGCCAACAAAUAUCGGCAGAAACGCUGAUAAAACAUGACUGUGCCUUUAAUUCACUCUGCCAUGCCAAGCCACAGACUGUGGAAGCUUGUUUCCAAUGAAAUAAAAAUGCAGAUUUAAUUAGUUUUAUUUCACAAUUAUGGCUUAAUUUACAGCAGUUCUGAGAAAAAAAGUGAGAAUUGUUUGAUAUAAAUUCAUUAUUAUAAGGAACAAAAUUCAAAAUUGCAUGAUGAAUAAACUUUUAAAACUACAGGCUCAUUGUGAAAACUUACCCCCUUGUACAUUUCUGGAGAGCACAAAUUAUGUAGCCAGAACAAUUUAUGGCUGCGUAUCAUCUUAAAUGGAACGAUAUGGGGUGGUAUGACACCGCUGCCUAC